GACUGCACUCACUCCUUCGGCACUCACUCCAUUACCACUUCUUCUCUCUGUUUCCAAGUCUUGACGCAGAGAGCUGCUUUUAAGUUAAGGUACGACUUCUGAUAUUUUUUGUCGUCCUACUCCUACCCCGGAAAAAUCGAUUUCUUCGCGUUUCGAUCACUGUUGCCUCGAAUUUCAUCUGCGAAACGGCCGAAGUUCGUCAUCGAAUUCUUUCUGCUUCUUAUUCUUCUGAUUGCCUCCCGUCUAUGGUGGAUAAGACUGAGAAAAAAAAAACCUUUUUCAAAACAAGCGUCAUCUAAGAGUUGAAGAACCAUCAGCCUCUGCUGCAACUCUUCGAAGGAUGCUGGAGAAGAUGGAGCAAUUCGACUACGAGAAGGCAAUAGAAAAUUUCGAGGAACUGACCAGGGAUGCGGAGAGAGUUCAGGUGGAAACCCUGAAGAAGAUACUGGAGGACAAUCGAGAGGCGGAGUACCUGAAGAAACUGGGACUCAAUGGGAGGACUGAUCCUGAGAGUUUCAGGGCUUGUGUUCCACUGGUCACUCAUAAAGAUUUAGAACACUAUAUCCAGAGAAUCGUAGAUGGAGACGAUUCGCCUAUUCUCACAGGAAAACCAAUAACAACCAUCUCAUUAAGUUCUGGCACCACCCAGGGAAGGCCCAAGUUUGUCCCCUUCAACGAAGAAUUGGUGCAAACCACAAUGGAAAUAUUCACGACAUCCUAUGCUUUUAGAAAUAGAGAGUUCCCCAUUGGAAAUGGAAAGGCUUUACAAUUCAUCUACAGCAGCAAGCAAUUCAAGACCAAAGGGGGUCUGGCGGCCGGAACUGCCACUACAAACGUCUAUCGUAGCGAGCAGUUUAAGAAGACGAUGAAGGCAAUACAAUCCCAGUGUUGCAGCCCUGAUGAAGUCAUAUUCGGACCUGACUUCCGCCAAUCCUUAUAUUGCCACCUUCUAUGUGGGCUCAUCUGUCGCGAUGAAAUUCAGUUUGUGUUCUCUCCCUUUGCCCACAGCACUGUCUAUGCAUUCCGAACAUUCGAACAAGUUUGGGAGGAACUCUGUGAUGAUAUCAGAACCGGGGUCCUUAGCAGUCGGAUCACCGUCCCGUCCAUCCGAGCUGCUCUGUCUAAACUCCUCAGGCCCAACCCUGAACUAGCGGAUUUGAUACAUGACAAGUGUUCUGGGUUGAAUAAUUGGUAUGGAUUGAUUCCAGAGCUUUUCCCACAUGCUAAGUACAUCUAUGGGAUUAUGACCGGGUCAAUGCUGCCUUAUUUGGAGAAAUUGAGACAUUAUGCCGGGGUAUUGCCCCUGUUGAGUGCUGACUAUGGGUCUUCCGAAGGUUGGAUCGGAGCAAAUGUCAAUCCCAGAUUGCCACCCGAGUUCACUACUUUUGCGGUGCUUCCUGAUAUCGGGUAUUUCGAAUUUAUCCCCCUCACAGAGAGGAACAAGGAUCAGCAACAGAAUAAGACCGCUGCUACCUACUCUUAUGCUGAGUCAGAACCGAUCGGUCUGACUCAAGUGAAGAUUGGGGAAGAGUAUGAGAUCAUCGUCACUAACUUUGCAGGUCUAUACCGAUACAGGCUAGGGGACGUGGUUAAAGUGAUGGGAUUCCAUAACUCUACCCCGGAGCUUCAAUUUGUAUGCCGGAGGAAUUUGCUACUAAGCAUCAACAUAGACAAGAACACAGAGAAAGAUUUGCAGCUAGCAGUUGAAGCAGGUGGGAAGCUGUUAAUGAAGAAGACAAAGGUUGAGGUGAUCGACUUUACCAGCCAUGUGGAUGUGUCGACGGACCCUGGACACUACGUCAUCUUCUGGGAGCUGAGCAGUGAGGCCAGUGAUGAAGUGCUGAAUGAGUGUUGCGAUUGUUUGGACCGAUCUUUCGUUGAUGCAGGAUAUGUUAGUUCCCGAAAGGUGAAUGCGAUUGGAGCGCUUGAGCUCCGUGUGGUAAGGAGGGGAACCUUCCAGAAAAUUCUGGAUCAUUACCUGGGCCUCGGAGCUGCUUUCAGCCAGUUCAAGACCCCACGAUGCGUGGGGCAGUCCAACCCCAAAGUCUUGCAGAUCCUAUGUAACAAUGUAGUCAACAACUAUUUCAGCGCUGCUUUUUCUUGAAAUUCUAUAUAAUGCAUGCAAUUGGAUCUUCUUCUGAUGCAGUGCUAUGGAUCUAAACUAUGUUGUAAAACACUAAAUCAUUUAAGGGUCUGUUGGAAAUUAGAUCAGAAUGGUUUACUUUCCUAACCUGUUUGGUUGAAAUGAAAAUUGAACCAUUCUCUCCAAUAGGGAAAUGUUGUUCCAAAUCCAAACCCAUUGCCAUAAAACAAACGGGCCCUAAGUCCUAGCAUCCUAGGCUUUCAGUUCCAGAUUUGUCUAGCGUGCCUAAAAGGAAUUAAUGAAUUCGAUUGUCUCGCUCA